ACCAAGUCAGUGCCAGUGACUGCUCCAGUUGGAUAGGCAUCAAUUUAAUAUUUAUGUCUGAUUGUCACUGCCAACUUAUUAAUUAUACAUGUAGAGAUUAUAAGACCUCUGUCUAGGUCUUCUCAUGAUCUCAGGACCUCCGGGGAUGGAUUUUUUUAAUUCAAACAGAGAGAACAAGUAUGGCAAAAGAGCAGGAUUGUUCGGUCACAAAAGUGCUAGCAAGAGCAACCCUUCCAGCCCUCCUCAUCCCACCCAUGCUCCUCGAUCAUCUCCGCCUGUGACUCAUUUCGGCAUUAAAAGAUCUGAAUCAGAGCACGCGUUCCCGAUAUCCGAUGACCACACCACUCACUGGAAACAACAACAUCAUGCCUCUGAACGUGUCCACCAUCGACCUCCUGUGUACAGAUACAGCACUCCCGAGCGUCCUAGAGAGAAUGGUAAAGAAAGAGCGGAUGACAUGUCUUAUGAGCCUCAUGCUGACGUGACCCCAAGGAGCGACGCUUCUGUGAGCCCCUUUCGAUCUGCCAGAACUCACACGCCUGAUCGCCGUAGGAGGUCUACCGACUUUAGCAGAGAGUUCCAUGAGAGGAUGUAUGAGGCAGAGGCUAACGUGAGCCCCUUCCACCCCUCCAGAAGCCGCUCUCCAGCUCCCUACAACACGCAUGAUCAAGGGAGAGACCGCAGUAGAGAAAGGUACGAGGCAGAGGGCCAUUUGACUUCACGGAAGAGCGCUCCUUCAAGUCCCUUUCAUCCAUCCCGAAGCCCCCCACACACAAGAACAAUGCCUGUGAGAUACUACAAAGAGAAAGACCAUUUUGAGGGGAUGUACGAGGCGGAUGGAGAAGAUGAUACACCGCGUAGCAGCCCACCACCACCAUUCUACUCAUCCAGCGACGAGGAAGACAACCAUUCCACCUACCUCUUUCCAGAGAUUGCAACUGGACAUCGUUCCAGGGGAGUCUCAGGGAGCAGCACGCCGGUUCGCUACAAAUACCAGAUCACUGCGGCCGAAACAUACGAGCAAGACAGGCAGUUUGAGCCACCGGAGCUGCCUGACGAGUCUGAAAGCUUCACUAUGCAGGAGAUCACCAAAAUGCGCGGAAUUGAUAGCAGCUACGAGACAGGCAAGGAAGAAACACAGUUGGUGAUCUCCGAGGCUUACGUCUCCGUGGCCAGUUACAAGGUGCGGCAGAGUGUCUCCGCCACGCUCCAGACAAUCCUGGACAAACAAGGAGAUAUCGCUGCCUCCUCAAAGUUGCAAUCCAGUUCAACAAGGUCAUUUUACCUGGAAUCCCUAGCCACAGCAGUGAUUGAGCUGAAAUCGACAGCAUUGAGAGAUCUGACGAAGGCCCGCGUGGCCGAGAUCGAGGCGGUGGUGAAGGACAUGGACUCAGUCAAAAUCGACGUGUCUUGGCUCAAAACAGCAGUCAAAGAACUGGCCGAGGCGGUGGAGUGCUUUGGGCGGUACGACGUGGCCAAGAUGGAGAAAGAGGAGUGCAAUAGAGGCAUGAGAGAGAGGAAGGUGGAGAUGGAAGAGCUGAGGGAGGAGUUGAGGAAAAGGGAGAAAGAAACGAAGGAAUGUAGAGAGAGGGUGACGGCUAUGGCAGGUAGGCUGGGGAAGCUAGAGAUGAAAGAUUCGAGGGUGACAAAGAAUCUGGAGCUGUUCAAGAGCAAGGUCCAGAAAUUCGAAGGCGAAUAUGUCCUUGCAGAGGUCUAAAAUACGAUUUUUUUCUGUCUACAUCCAUCCGCGGGCAAAUUUGCUAUAAUAAAAAAUCUAUACUAUCUAUACUAUUAUUUGCGAAGUGAUUUUUCGCAAUGGAGCUCUCACGUUAAAAGUUGAAGCGGUUAAUAUCUAUUUUACCCUUAAUGAAUAAAAGAUAUAAAUCAGC